AUGCCCAGAGACGACAGAAGUGUGGUGAGCCGCAGGACCGCCCUGACCGCCAGCAAUCUCAAGACGCUGAGCGAGGUUUCGAGUGCGGCGCCGUCGAGGGCCCCACGUGGGUACCGCGCCCCAUACGCGGAGACGCUGAACAAGGACAUGGCCGUCUCCAGGAUGAACCUCACACACGCCGAUAUGCGGAGCAUGGCACCAUCGGAACGAAGACCUCCGACCGCCAUGACCCGUCGGAGAUCUUUCUCUGAGAUCAGCGACCGGAGGGCCAUGGUCAACCGCCCUGCUGGGAAGCACAUUGACAUGGACCUCGCGUAUGGCGACGUGCCUCCCGACUUGCAGGACCGACAUGAUCUGGACCCCGACCGCGCGGCCGAGGCCAAGGAGCAGCGCGCAAAGAUGCUGGUCAAGAAAGUGGAGGGUCUCCUGGACGAGGCGCACUGCGUGCAACACUCCGCCUCCGCCACCAUCUCCCACCUGCAGAAGAACCCAGACGCCGCUGCCGCUGUUGCCCUCUCGCUGGCGGAGCUGUCGACAUUGGUCACCAAAAUGUCGCCAGCCUUCCUCGGCUUCAUCAAGGGUGGCUCACCCGCGGUGUUCGCUCUGCUCGCCUCGCCGCAGUUCCUCAUCGGCACAGCUGCUGUCGUCGGUGUCACCGUCGUCAUGUUUGGCGGCUGGAAGAUUGUCAAGAAGGUCAAGGAGCAGCAGGCGGCCCGGGAGGCCAUUGCGUUUGAGGGCGUUCCCAUGGACCGCCCUGCGCCCCAGAGGACGCAGAGCGACUUCAGCACGGGCAUGGAUGAAGCGUACAUUAUUGACGACGACAUCAGCUCCAUCGACUCGUGGAGGCGGGGUAUCCUGCCCGAGUUUGGGGAGAAUGAGAGCGUGGAUAUGGAGCUGAUCACGCCCGAGGCUCGUCGCGCCAACCGGUCGCGCCUGGGCAAGGAGGAUGAUUUCGACACAAAGUCCCGGCGAAGCACCAAGACGACAAAGACUUCCAAGACAAGCAAGACUAGCAAACCCAAGGAACGCGAGGUCCCCGAGCGCAAGAGCAGUAAGCACGCCACGACCGAGAGCGUCACCGGCAGCGAACGCAGCCGCAAACCCUCGUCGUCCAAGAGAAAGGAAAAGACAAACGUGCGUGCGAUUGAGGAUGGACGGAGUCGCCGAGGCGACGACGACGGAAUUGAUCUGGUUUUCAGGCCCAAGGGCCAGAAGCAGACCAACAUGCUGAAAGCGUUGUUCAAGACAAACAAGGAGAGGGAGAGGGAGCUUGUUCAUGUGCGAUGA